CAAGGUGUUUACAGGCCUCCAUACAGAGUGCGCCUCUCUCGAUCGGAAAGAAAGCCCCGUUCUUGAAACCCUAACCCUAGAAAUCCUGCAUAGUAUCUGUAACUCUCUCUCGAGCUUCCAUCCGAUCGGCAAUGGCGCUCACUGCUGCAGCAAAUCUCACCCCAACUGCUGCCCUUCAACCCACCUCUAGCAAGAUCUCCUUCAAAACCCGGAUCCUAGCCGUCCACGCCGCCGAGCCUGCCAAGAAGUCCUCUACAGCCGUUGAAAUCAAGUCCAGAUCGUCGAAUUGGGCGAUCGACAGCUGGAAAUCGAAGAAGGCGCUCCAGAUCCCGGUCUAUCCCAGCAAGGAAGAUCUCGAAUCGGUUCUCCAGACGCUCGCGAGCUUUCCGCCGAUCGUCUUCGCUGGAGAGGCGAGGAAAUUGGAGGAGCGGCUGGCGGACGCUGCCGUCGGGAAGGCGUUCCUGCUGCAGGGCGGGGAUUGCGCAGAGAGUUUCAAGGAGUUCAAUGCGAAUAAUAUCAGGGAUACGUUUAGGGUAUUGUUGCAGAUGGGGGUUGUUUUGACGUUUGGUGGACAGAUGCCGAUCAUCAAGGUAGGAAGGAUGGCUGGCCAAUUUGCAAAGCCCAGAUCUGAUCCAUUUGAGACCAAGGACGGGGUUAAGCUCCCUAGCUACCAGGGAGAUAAUAUCAACAGCGACAUCUUCGAUGAAAAAUCUAGGAUGCCAGACCCCCAGAGGCUGAUCAGAGCCUAUUCCCAAUCAGCAGCCACUUUGAAUCUUCUCCGGGCAUUUGCCACUGGUGGAUAUGCAGGGAUGCAAAGAGUCUCACAGUGGAACCUUGAUUUCACAGAUCACAGCGAGCAGGGAGACAGAUAUAUGGAACUUGCACAGAGAGUUGAUGAAGCUCUAGGAUUCAUGGUUGCAGCAGGACUCACUAGCGAACAUCCCAUAAUGACCACCACUGAAUUUUGGACAUCCCACGAAUGCCUUCACCUACCAUAUGAGCAGGCACUGACGAGGGAGGAUUCGACAUCUGGUCUUUAUUAUGAUUGUUCAGCUCACAUGCUUUGGGUGGGUGAGAGGACUCGACAGCUGGAUGGUGCCCAUGUUGAAUUCCUCCGUGGUGUUGCCAAUCCCCUUGGCAUUAAGGUGAGUGACAAGAUGGACCCAAAGGAAAUGGUGAAGUUAUGUGAGAUCCUAAACCCUCAUAAUAAGCCUGGAAGGCUGACCAUAAUUACACGGAUGGGAGCUGAGAACAUGCGCGUGAAGCUUCCUCAUCUGAUUAGAGCUAUACGCCAAGCAGGGCUUAUCGUCACUUGGAUAAGUGACCCAAUGCACGGGAACACCAUCAAGGCUCCAUGUGGCUUGAAGACACGCCCAUUCGAUUCCAUCAGAUCUGAGCUGAGGGCAUUCUUUGAUGUUCAUGAACAAGAGGGGAGCCACCCAGGAGGGAUGCAUCUGGAGAUGACUGGGCAGAAUGUAACAGAAUGUAUUGGCGGAUCAAGGGCGGUGACCUUUGAUGACUUGAGCUCGAGAUACCACACACAUUGCGACCCCAGACUCAAUGCUUCCCAAUCUUUAGAGAUAGCAUUUGCGGUUGCAGAGCGUCUGAGGAGGAGAAGGAUCCGGUCAGACAAUGUUUUUGUCAGAGGGAAACCUGAAGGUGCUGUUAAUUAGGUAAAUCUUUGAUGUGGAUGGGAGCAACUGUUGGUUAUUCAGUUAAUCUUCUUUCCAUCUUCAAAUGGAGAGUGGUCGUCCGUUUUGUAUUAGAUAUGUUCCUUUCUUUUCCCUUCUUGAAACUAUGGAAGAGCUCUCUCGGGUCUAUUCGUGUGUUUGUAGCCAUUACUGGCUCUUUGCAUUGUGUUUAGCUUUUUUUCAUUUUGUCGUGGUUAAUCUAUGGGUUAAAUGCUGAGAAGAGAGAUUCAUGCA